AAGUUAAUCUUGGUGACUGGAAGCGCACGUGGAAUUGGACAAGCUGUUGCGGCCGAAUACGCCAAAUUUGGGGCUCGAAUUAUUCUGCUGGAUAUAUUGGAGACGGUGCACGAGACAGCUGAUGCUUUGAAGAAAGCGGGCCAUACGGCUUAUUCAUUCACGGUGGAUCUGAGCAGCGACAAAGGCGUAGCAGACCUAGGAGAAAAGAUUAUCAAAGAAAUUGGUGUCCCGGAUAUCUUGCACAACAAUGCUUUCUGGGCUCCAAAUGGCUGCGUCGAGGACAUCGAGAUCGAUGGCAUCCGCAAGGCGCUUGAUGUCAGCGUUUUGGGAUACCUUCGCAUCGUGAAGGCUUUCCUCACUCCAAUGAUCGAACGGAAGAGUGGAUGGAUUGUCAACACAUCUUCCCCAAACGGUAUCACACCACCGAGCAGUUAUGCCGAGUACGGACUGCCCUACAACGUCUGUAAAGCGGCAGACAUCUCCCUGAGCCAGGCCCUGAAGGCAGGCUUGCAGAAGUAUGGAAUUGGAGUUUCAGUGAUAUAUCCGGAUGCUACGAAAACGGGCGCC